UAUUUUUAUCACUACUCUAAUUUCUAAAUUCUAAUCUUAAUACAAUAAUUAUUCAUUUACAACUACCCUUUGCGUUCUGGUAUCCGUUUCUUAUACUCUUAUUGGAUAGCUGUGGAUACUAGAUAAGGUGGUGGAAAUGCGAUCGCAUACCUUUACUAACAAUAAUAUUGUUAUUGUAAUAUCUAUAUUACCCUUUUAGACUAAUAGCUUCUUUUAUUUGAAUUCCAUAUUAUAUAUUAUAUAUAAUCACAAGGAAAAGUAAAUUUCCAACUUUUAGCUAAAAUUAUGCUCUAACUUUUUUUUUUAAUCUUGGUGUUCAUCAUUCUUCGUUUAUUUUUAAAUGUUCUGUAACACGAAAUGAGACAUGGUUCAAGGAACAUGUCAUACUGUUGAGACAUUCCGGAGUCGUUUUUCCAGCAUCAGAAUGCAGCUAGAUGCAGAAAAUCGUUUACGAUUUCAUGUGCGUUGCGGUACUUUAGUGAAAUUGUCACCCAACAACAGAUCAGCCAAACGAUUACGUGCAUAUGAUGAAUUCAAUAAUGGAGUUGUUAUGACUAAUCGAAAUCUAUUCGAUGACGAGCUAUUUGAGAUUCGUAUUGACAAACUUGUAGACAAAUGGAGUGGUAGUGUUGAAGUAGGUGUCACUAUACACGAUCCAAAUGCUAUACCGAUACCAUCAACUAUGACUAAUAUGAGAACUGGUACUUCUAUGAUGUCUGGCCGUGGGAUAUUGGCUAACGGAAAGGGUAUACGAAGAGAGUAUGGAAAUUUCAAUUUGGAUGAUUUAAAAGUUGGUGAUCGCAUUGGUCUCGUCCGCAAGAAAAAUGGUGAUUUACACUACUAUAUUAAUGGACUUGACCAAGGUGUUGCUGUUUCAAAUUUACCUUCAAAGGUUUGGGGUGUGGUCGAUAUGUAUGGCAGAACGGUUAAAGUUACUAUUGUUGAUAGAGAUGUCAACGAAGAAAAAAAUUUACUCACAAGACUUAGCAAUUCUAUAACAUUAUCAAAUGAAAAUACAACAAUUGAUGAAGAUUUAUUGGAAUUCCAUCCCAUGUGUGGUGCUCAUACUCAAGUCAUUAACAAUAAUACUGUAGCUUACCGACCAAAUGCACUAGAUGAUUUCAAUAAUGGUGUUGUGUUAACCAAACGCCCUCUACGACCAAACGAAUUAUUUGAAGUGCGUUUGGAUCGUCUAGUGACUAAAUGGGCUGGUUCCAUUGAAAUUGGUAUCACAACACACCGACCGGGAGAUAUAGAUUAUCCAUUAACUAUGACAAAUGUGCAUUCUGGUACUUGGAUGAUGACAGGUGUAGGAAUCAUGCACAAUGGCACCACUGUUGUCAAUCAGUAUGGAGUGAAUUUAGAUACCUUGAGAGUAGGAGACCGUGUAGGGACAAUGGUGAAGUCAAAUGGUUCAUUACAUUUUUAUGUAAAUGGCAUUGAUCAAGGCGAAGCAGCUAAAAACAUUCCUCUUGGUGUGUACGGUGUUGUUGAUUUAUAUGGUCAGGCUGCUCAAAUAACUAUUUGUCAUGAUAAUAACGUGGAUAAAAAUUUCCCUCAUAAAAACAAUGCAAGGUUUUAUCCUAAUCAUGGGAAAAAUGCACGUAUAGUUCCCGGCACUCGUGGCCGUACAGCUAAUCGGUUGUAUUCUGAAUACGAGUUUAGCCAGUCAAUUGUUCUUGUGAAUCAAACUUUGCAAGAUGGGGAAUUAUUUGCUGUUAGUGUGGAUAAAUUGAAUGAUCGGUGGUCAGGCUCUAUUGAAGUUGGCGUUACUUCUAUUCCUCCAAGUGUUUUAUCUACUGAUUUACCAAAUACAAUGACGGAUUUAGAUCAUGAUACUUGGGUGUUGUCUGGAUGUACAGUUAUGAAGGAUGGUUUAGCAAUAAAAUACAAUUAUGAUUUAGAUUUAGAUAAAAUAAAAAUUGGUUCUGUAGUUGGUGUCAUGAGACAUAACAAUGGAAGUCUGCAUUACUUUUUGGAUGGUAUUGAUCAAGGCACAGCAUGUUUAAAUGUACCAGCACAAUUAUAUCCGGUAAUCGAUAUAUAUGGUCGUUGUACUCAAGUAACAAUUCAAAGUCCGCCUGAAAUCAGAUGCGAUGACUGUGAAUCAGACACGAGCUGUUGUACACAAGAUGAUGUGAUAUCGGUUCAGACUGAAACUGGAGUUAAAGGACAAAAAGACAUAAAUCUUUCUAAAUAUCUUUUUGGGAAAAAUAUAAGACUGUUAGAUGAUGAUUGUACAACGGCAACUCGAAUAUCUUCUUUUGAGGGAAGUGUAUUAAUAGCAGACAAGAAAUUACUUCCAAACGAACUGUUCCAAGUGUUAAUUGUAAAUUGUAAUUAUAACUAUGCUGGAAGUCUGCGAAUUGGUAUUAUCAGUUCUCAAUUGGAACCUCCUCUGCCAUCCAAUAUUAAGAAUAUACACAAUAAGGAUGUUUGGUAUAUCUCAGGUAACCAAGUAUGGUAUAAUCAAACUUUAGUGAAAAAUAAUUAUUGUCCAAGCUUGGAUCUAUUAAGAAAAGGGGACAGAGUUGGUGUAAAAUUCACAGGCGAUCGAACAUUACAUUUAUUUGUGAAUGGUUAUGAUCAAGGAAUUGCUGCACAUAAUGUUCCCGAGUCUGUUUAUGGCAUAUUUGAUUUGUAUGGCUGCCACACAUCAGCUAAAGUUAUACAUAUUGAUCAAGAAAUUAAGACUAACUUGCAAAUGAUGUCAUCACAGUGUAGUGAAAAUACAUCAGAUAUUUCUGAAUCCGUUAAAGUAGAUACUACAAUUAAUGUUCUGAAAAGAAUGACUGUACUUGAUGAAGAUAUGAGUGAAUGUUGUUCAUCAGAAAUUAGUUAUUUUAUCGAUGAAUCGACUUAUAAAUUGAUGAGAUUUAGUGAAUGGAGUGGUCGAAAUGUACGCUUAUCAAGAGAUGGACGUACUGCUACACGAAUAGAUGGCUAUAACCAUGGUUUGACAAUCACGUCUGAUAUUUUAUUACCUAAUACCAUCUUUCAAGUUGAAAUUCAAUCUUUAAAUAAAAAGUGGGAAUCAUCUCUUAUGAUCGGAGUGUCUAAGAUCUCUUGUACAAAUAAUGAUGCUCCGGCUACAGCUUUAUCAUUGAAAGGACAUGACAGCACUUGGGUGAUAAUGGGUGAUUCUGUAUAUUAUGAUGGUCUUAAAAUGAAAAGUCAUUAUGGUCCAGAUUUAAAUUAUUGUACGUCAGGUGAUAUAGUUGGAAUUAUGAUCGACGGAGAUAAUUGUCUUAAAUUAUUUGUGAAUCGCAUCGAUUAUGGAGUAGCUGCCACUAACAUACCUAAUGAUUGUUACGGUGUAAUUGAUUUAUAUGGUCAAUGUGAACAAGUCUCUAUAGUGAAUCCUUUUAUUGACAUGUCACCUGUUGAUCCUGUACCUAACAUGCCUUUAGAAUGUGAUUUAUUACCUGAUGACGUUGGGCAACUAGUAGCAUCAGAAGAAAAAGCAGAUUUGGAAGGCGAUGAAAAACAAAGUCCUGCGUGUGAAGAAACAGAUUUAGCCGAUUUAACAUGGACAAAAUUUGACAAGACUAAUGAAAAUGUUUUGGUGGCAAGUGGUCAUGAUGUUAGAUCACGAUCAGCCGAAUUAACUACUUGGAUCGAUGAGGAAGCGAGUACUUCCACGCUUAGAAUGUCAAAAAUACGAUCUGGUAAAACUUCUAGUUAUUACAAACCAGAUACAAAUGAGAGAAGGCAGAAUGAAAUUUUAAAAACACUCCGUCUUAAGCAAUGUCAAUAUUUCAACUUGUCUUUAAAACUUAGAACAUACUUGAGUAUUCCAGACGAAUUUUUCUUAGAGACAGGACAUACAUGUUAUUGUGAUGGAUGCAAUUUGUACACAUGUGAUGAAAACAAACUAUCUAUUGAGACCGGUUGGUGUAAAUUUCUGUUACGUAAACAUCCAAAAUAUAGCAAUUUAUCUUUGGAUAAAUGGCGUUCAGCAUAUGUAGGACGUCCAUACACUAUCGUUCGCAAUUGUUUAGAUAAUGGCACAUUAAUGCACCAAGUUUCUGAUCCAGACCAUAUAACACUUUAUCCAUACUUAAAGCGAACUGUAUGCUGUCAAAACAUAAAACAUUUUGGGUAUCUCGAUACGGAAACUAAUAAUCAAUUCAAGUGUCACUUUGCAUUUGAGUUGAUGGUUGAACCAGGUUCCUUUGAGAUUGGUGAACCAUUGCCAAAAUCCAGUAGAACCGAAUGUCAACAGAUCUCAUCAUUAGUGAUUCCUAAAAAUGGCACUAACACCGUACUUACUUCUUUUUAUCUUAGGUUUGAUAGAGAUAUCAAAUAAAUUAUAUAAAAAUACUAAUUUUUUUUUUACAUAGUUCCAAGAAUGUUGAUCUCACUUAUUUUUGUUUUUUUUUUAUUUAUUAUUUAUUGAUAACGUACAAAUACAAAACUCAUAACAUUA